AUGUCGUCUCCCUCUCUCCCCAUGCCCUCCCUCCCCCCCAGUCCACUGGCCAUGGAGUACCUCAAUGACUUUGACCUCCUCAAGUUUGAGGUGAAGCCUGACAGUCCUCCUCUUCCUCCCUCCUGUACGCUCCCCAAGUCUGGCCUCCCCCUCGACCCCUCCAGUUCCCCCGGCCCCUACACCAACCACCCUCCCCAGGACUCCAGCCUCAGCUCCAGCCCAUACAACUCCCUGCCCCCCUCUCCAACGCUGAGCGAUGCCCACCCACCUCCCUCAGCCUCCUCCUCCCUCUCUUCUUCCUCCUCCUCCAUCUCCUUUCCCCUGUCCAUCUCAAACAGCUACACCUCUGGCAUCAGUUCUGGCUCUCAGGGGAAUAUGGAGGGUAGCCCCUCCCAUGGGGGUGCCGAGGGUCCUAACCCUGCUUCUUUGGAAGACCUGAUCUGGCUGGCAGCACUGCAGCAACAGUUUGGAGGGGAGCCGGGGGGGCCUGCAUCCCUGUUGGGGGCCUUGGGAGGAGGGCCAGAGCGGGGAGACAGAGAGAGGGGGCCGGUUGGCAGCUUCCUGGGCUGUGAGGACGCAGUGGAGGCUCUACUGAACUCAGCUGCUGCAGCUGUUAGCUCACAGUUUCCAGUGCUUUCCCAGAGUUCCAGCAGUAACCUCGGGGAUUCAGGAAGUGACAGUGGAGGUGACAUAUCCUGCUCCAAGGGGACAGAUAUGUGCCAUCGUCCACUCCUCUACCUCUCCUCUGGCCCCCAAUCACUCCCUAACGCCAACCCUUCCUCAGCAACCUACCCACAACCCCAGAGCCCCUCUGGUCGACUUCAUCACCAUCACCCACAUCAUCAUCACCACCACCCUCACCACCCCAUGCAUGGCCAUCAUCAUCACCAUCAUCAUCACCUCCAAGUAAUUAAUGGGUGUGGUGGGGUGGAUGAACGUUUCUCGGAUGAGCAGCUAGUGAACCUGUCAGUGCGGGAGCUGAACAGACACCUGCGCGGCGUCAGUAAGGACGAGGUGGUGCGUCUCAAGCAGAAACGUCGUACGCUAAAGAACCGAGGUUACGCCCAGUCCUGCCGCUACAAACGCUUGCAGCACCGCCACGCACUGGAGUCCGAGAAACACGUCCUCACACAACAGUUGGAACAACUACAGUGUGAGCUCUCUCGGGUGCUGAGAGAAAGGGACACCUACAAGGCUCGCUAUGAGAAGCUCAUCAGUACAAACAAGGCUCAACCUACCCGCGCCAAAAACUCCCCCUCACCACCCCCUGAUUACUUCCUCUGA